CAGAUUUUCAUUAUGCACUCAGGCCACACCUUCCUAAUCAAUAAAGAAAUUCCUACCAUGGGAGAAUGAAAAGGAAGAGAGACUGAAAGGAUAGAAUGUUUAAAUUUUGUCAAAUGAAGCAUAUUUUUGAAAUACUUGAUAAAAUGAGAUGCUUGAGAAAACGUUCCACAGUGUCAUUCUUGGGAGUUCUUGUCAUUUUCCUUCUCUUUAUGAACUUGUACAUUGAAGACAGCUAUGUUCUGGAAGGAGAUAAACAACUUAUAAGGGAAACAUCCACACAUCAGCUGAAUUCAGAACGUUAUGUGCAUACUUUCAAAGAUUUAUCUAAUUUCUCAGGAGCCAUCAAUGUCACCUAUCGCUACUUAGCUGCCACGCCUUUACAAAGAAAGCGGUUUCUUACAAUUGGGCUUUCAUCAGUGAAACGAAAAAAGGGAAACUAUUUACUCGAGACAAUCAAGUCAAUUUUUGAGCAAUCCAGCUAUGAGGAGCUGAAGGAAAUUUCAGUGGUGGUUCACCUAGCAGACUUUAAUUCAUCCUGGCGUGAUGUCAUGGUCCAGGAUAUUACACAGAAAUUCGCCCACCACAUUAUUGCAGGAAGACUAAUAGUUAUACAUGCUCCAGAGGAAUAUUACCCAAUCCUGGAUGGCCUUAAGAGAAAUUACAAUGAUCCAGAAGACAGAGUCAGAUUUCGUUCUAAGCAAAAUGUAGACUAUGCUUUUCUGCUUAAUUUUUGUGCCAAUACUUCAGACUAUUAUGUAAUGCUUGAAGAUGAUGUUCGAUGUUCAAAAAAUUUCUUAACUGCCAUCAAGAAAGUCAUUACAUCCCUAGAAGGGACCUACUGGGUAACUCUUGAGUUCUCUAAGCUUGGCUACAUUGGAAAACUUUAUCAUUCUCAUGAUCUCCCACGUUUAGCACACUUUUUAUUAAUGUUUUAUCAAGAAAUGCCUUGUGAUUGGCUAUUGACUCAUUUUCGGGAUCUUUUAGCUCAGAAAAAUGUGAUCCGUUUUAAACCAUCUCUCUUUCAGCACAUGGGUUAUUAUUCAUCAUAUAAAGGGACUGAGAAUAAGCUGAAGGAUGAUGAUUUUGAAGAAGAGUCAUUUGACAUCCCUGAUAACCCUCCUGCCAAUCUAUAUACCAACAUGAAUGUUUUCGAAAAUUAUGAAGCAAGCAAGGCUUAUAGUAGUGUUGAUGAGUACUUUUGGGGGAAACCACCUUCAGCAGGAGAUUUCUUUGUGAUUAUAUUUGAAAAUCCGAUUUUAAUUAAAAAAAUUAAAGUUAGUACUGGAACAGAAGAUCGGCAAAAUGACAUUUUACAUCAUGGAGCCCUAGAUGUUGGGGAAAAUGUUGUAGAUUUCAAACAAGGUAGACAAUGUGUUACUUACUUAAGACUAGGGGAAUUCAAAAACGGAAACUUUGAAAUGUCAGAGGUGAAUCAAAAAAUUCCAUUUGACAUAAAUUGUAUAAGGAUAUAUGUUACCAAAACACAAAAGGAAUGGCUGAUUAUUAGGAGUAUUAGCAUUUGGACUUUUUAACCAAUUAAAUCAAUAUGUCCAGUU